AAGGUCGUCGUCAGUGUAAGAUGGCGACCAACGGCGUCUACAUCGUGAUGGGCGAGGCGAAUUGUGUCGUCGCGCUGCUCAAUAAGGCUCGGAGACAAUACCAACUGUCACAAGUGCCGACGCUCGAAGACACGGAUCCACUGCUGCGAAACUUCACAGAUCUCAAGGAAGUGCUGAAUGAGGUUGCCGAUCUGGCAGAUAUGAAUCCACAAACGUAUCUAUCACCGUUUCUCGACGUAAUAAAGGCUCAGAACACGAAUGGACCGAUUACGGAAGCCGCGCUGGCCGCUGUCGCCAAAUUUCUGAACUACGGGCUCAUUGACGCGAGCAGUAUUAAGGCGGCGAACGCUGUCGAGUCUAUCGCCUACGCUGUGGUUCAUACAAAGUUUAUCGGCGGGAAAAGCACUGGAAGUGAUGAAUGUGUCCUUUUUAAGAUUCUACAGGUGCUCCGCUCGCUGCUUCUCUCCCCUCCAGGCAUCCUUUUGUCUAAUGAAGCCGUCUGUGAUAUGAUGCAGUCUUGUUUCAGAAUUGUGUUCGAGCAGAACCUCUCUCUGCUUCUUAGAAAGGCCGCCGAAUCGACGCUAGCCGACAUGACACAGCUCAUUUUCACCAGAUUGCCAACUUUUGUCGAAGACACCCGUCAUCCAUACAUUCGGCAGCUGGUAAAUCCCACUGAAAAACGACAAAAACGGAAGAAAAAGCGUCAAUUGUCAGUGCAUAUUGAGACGAAGGCCAAGGAACCGGAGAAUGUGCCAACGGAAAUGACAAAAUUGAUUGGAGAAGCUGCAGAAACUGCUGAAACUGACGGAGCAGCGAAUCUUGGCUACGACGUAGUGCUCACGACGGAUCCACCAGUCGAUACAGUAACCCACCCGGAUCCACCAAUUGAAGAAAUCAUAAAGCUUGCUGAGCCAAUUUCAGCCGGAGAUGAAGCCGAUUCAGAAUCAGAAGGCGGUGGCGGUGAAGAGCAUCACGAACGUCCCCCCGUUCGGGCUCACGCUGGAUUACAGAGAGAAAUUGUGUCGGAUGAAGAGGAAAUCGAUACGGAGCAAACUGUUGGAGGAGAAGAAAAAAUGCCCUAUGGGCUCCCAUGUUGUAGAGAGCUUUUGAGAUUCCUCAUCACAAUGACCAACCCAGUUGACCGUCACAAUACUGAAUCAAUGGUAAUUCUCGGCUUAAACUUGCUCAUUGUUGCUCUGGAAGCCAUCGCCGACUUCCUUCCAAACUACGAUAUUCUCAUGCCACUUAUCAAAAAUGAGCUCUGUCGAAAUUUGCUCCAACUGCUCGACACGAAUCGCCUACCAGUGCUCGCCGCCACAAAUCGCUGCUGUUUUUUGCUGUUUGAAUCGAUGAGAAUGCACAUGAAAUUCCAGUUGGAAAGCUAUUUGAAGAAGCUUCAAUCGAUUGUGCUCACCGAGGAAAAGCAGCAUGAAAACGGUGGUGGUGGAACGGAGCAAAAAGAAAUGGCUUUGGAGUCACUUGUUCAGUUGUGGAGAAUUCCCGGAUUGGUUACCGAGAUGUAUCUCAAUUUUGAUUGUGAUCUCUAUUGCGGAAAUAUCUUCGAAGAUUUGACAAAGCUUCUCGUUGAGAACUCAUUUCCAACAGUUGGUGGACACACAGCCUCGCUGCUCUCUCUGGAUGCUCUUUUAGUCGUUAUUGAGACUAUUGAACAGAAUUGUGAAGAUCGAGAGAAUGGACGAGGAGAAGUUGCCAAAGAGCAAGAGCACAAGGACUUAAAGAAGCUCGGGCUCCCAGUGCUCAGCGGCUAUGAUCUAGCGAAGAAAAUGGCGAUUUCAACGGGAGGAAAAGCUUCUCCAAUGCCUGUGAGCUCAUCAAUUGUGCUCCGUUCGAAUCGACAUGCUCCGUCAACAGAACUCCCAUCGAUGAGCCAAAUAAUUGAACAAAAGAAGCGAAAACGACUGAUUGCCGAAGGAACCGAACUGUUCAAUCAAAGUCCCAAAAAAGGAAUCGCUUUUCUCCGGGAAAAGGGAAUUCUGGGACACGAUGAGCAGAGCCUUGUGCAGUGGCUCCGAACGAAUCCACAGUUGGAUAAGAAGGCUAUUGCAGAUUAUAUUUGUAAUCGGAAGCAUGCUGAGGUUCUCAACGCGUUUGUCAAGAGUUUUCCAUUCGAGAAUACCCGCCUGGACGUUGCUCUCCGAAUGUUCCUCGAAACGUUCCGCCUGCCUGGAGAAUCGGCUGAAAUUGCACUUGUAAUGCAACAUUUCUCCGAAGAAUGGUUCCGAGCCAACAAUGAGCCAUUUUUCCAUGUCGAUGCCGCUUUUACUCUCUCUUAUGCGAUUAUUAUGCUCAAUGUUGAUCAGCAUAAUCCGCAGGCCAAACGAAGUCAACCACCAAUGACAGUCGACUGUUUCCGUCGGAAUCUCUCUGGAACCAACGAUUCCCGAGAUUUCGACCCAGAAAUGCUCGCCGACAUGUACCAGGCCAUCAAAACCGAGGAAAUCGUGAUGCCAGCCGAGCAAAAGGGCACCGUAAAGGAGGAUUACAUGUGGAAAGUGUUGCUCCGUCGUGGUGAGACUGCCGAAGGAUCGUUUUAUCAUGCUCCAACCGGAUGGAAUGAUCAUGAUCUAUUCGCAGUUUGCUGGGGUCCUGCUGUCGCUGCUCUCAGCUAUGUAUUCGAUAAAUCGGAGCACGAGCAGAUACUUCAGAAGGCUCUGACAGGCUAUCGGAAGUGUGCGAAAAUCGCUGCCUACUACGGGAUGAAGGAGGUUUUCGAUAAUCUAUGUAUUCAUCUUUGCAAGUUCACAACGUUAACUUCAAUGCGGGAUGGUGGAGCUGGUGGUGGAGCCGAUGAGGAUGUGGAUCUUUCGGCGGCUGCUCUUUUGAGCCAUAGCUCCUCACCUGAAGCUGUCGCCCUCGCAUUUGGAGAGAAUCAUAAGGCUCAACUUGCCACUCGAACCCUGUUCUAUUUGGUUCAUGAGAAUGGGAAUAUACUCAGAGAGGGAUGGCGCAACUUGUUUGAGGCUCUUCUGCAGCUGUUUAGAGCACGAUUGCUUCCUGCAGAGCUCACUGAAGUCGAGGAUUAUGUUGAUGAGAAGGGAUGGGUUAAUAUUCAGAGGGUUCAUCAGAAAGAGCUCCCACACACCCGCAACGAUUCAGGCCUUCUUUCAUGGUUCGGACUCGGUGGAGGCGCUUCAGAAGCGGAUCGCCGUAAGCCGACCCAAGAGCAACUGAGCUCGAUGAAGCUCGCGUCACAAGUCAUUUCGGAGUGCCGUCCGUCGCAAAUUGUGGCUGAUAGCAAGUAUCUGACGAGCACAUCGCUCGCCGAGCUCCUCUCAUCGAUUGCGGCGAACAGUGCGCAAAUUGUUGAGCAAGCCGAGCCACAGCAAAAGACCGCAAGCCUGAGUGGAGAGGAUGAGGAUGCGCUGGUCUUCUACCUGGAACUAAUUGUCGCCAUAACUCUCGAGAACAAGGAUCGUCUACCUCUUGUCUGGCCUCACGUCCGCCGCCACCUCGAAUGGCUUCUGUCACCACGUUUCGGCCGGUGCCCGGUGCUCGUCGAACGGGCCGUCGUCGGGCUUUUACGUGUAGCCAAUCGGAAUCUAUUCCGUGAUAACACAGUUUCCGACGAUGUUCUUCACUCGCUGUCGAUGCUCCUGCGACUUUCCCCAAAGGCGCUCUUCAUUUUCAGUCGGCAAAUCGCUUUUGGGCUCUACGAGCUCAUUCGAGCAAACGCGGCGAAUGUGCACAAAAAGGAGCACUGGGCAGUGCUCUUUGCGUUACUUGAAGCCGCUGGAGCAGCAGUUCUACCUGAUGAUUAUGUGAUGAUGACGACGACGGAAAAGCAGCAGCAGAGCUUGAGAGUUGGAGGGGAUCAGCAGCAGCAGAGAAUGGCUUAUUCGGAUGUUGAAGGAGCAUCUGGAAGAGGUGGUGGAGCACAUGAAGAAAGAGCAUAUACAUCGGAGGGAGAGGAGAGACGGCGAGGCGGUUAUGACUCCAACAGUGACCUGGAGAGCCGUGUGGACUCUGCUGGAAGCCUACUCGGAGCCCAGAAACAACCGGCCGACUGGAUCCAUCUGGACCAUAAAGAUGCGGCAAAAGCCACCGAAGAAGCGCUCACAGCUCUCGGAGCCAACGUUGUUAGCAGCAAAAAGAAUUUCCGUCAAUUUGGAAGCCUUGUGCUCCGGAAUGGGCUCGGAAGACAUGAGCCAGCAGCUUUUUUGAAAGUCUGUGAGUGCCUGGCAUUCUUGCUCCGCGACGCUGUUCACGUGACACCGGACAACUUUGAAUCGAGCCUUCAAUGCCUUCGAACAAUGGUUGAAGCAAGUCUGGAUGGAGGUGUCUACGCAGCUGGGCCAUUGAGUGGAGAUGCUCAGAAUCGGCUGAGGAGCAAUGUUACAGAUGAGAAAGCUGUUAAGAAACAUCAUCAUCAUCAUCAUGGGCAUAAGAAGAAGGAAUUGUGUACGGAUGUUACUGAAGAUGCUGACGAGAGCCGAAAUGAAGAGCAACAGUUGAUUGGGAAUUAUCAACAGAUGUCCCUCCACCUGCUCGACUUGUGCUCCCAACUCCAUUCUCAAACUCCGGCAAUCUUUGCAAAGUGGGCUCAAGGAGCAUCUCCAGCUGCAUCGGAUCUGGCGACUGUCGCGUUCAUAUGGACAGAUAUCUGGCGCCCGUUGCUCCAAGCAAUUGGACGGCUCAGCUGUGAUUGCCGACGAGGUGUCCGUGCGGCGGCGUUGACUCAUUUGCAGCGCGCCUUCCUGCCGGCAAAUAUGGCAACUCUUGGAGCCGCAGAAUGGCAAUCAUGCUUUGGAGAAGUGCUCUUCCCAUUGCUCACUAAGCUUCUGGAGCCAUUCUCUCAAAUGGAUCCGAUUGGAAUGGAGGAUACACGUGUUCGGACACUUCAAAUCGUCGCGAAAACUCUUUUAAAUCAUCUCUCAGCCCUGUCGGCUCUUGAUUCAUUCCCGGAUCUUUGGAUGCUUCUGCUCGACUAUAUGGAGCAAUAUCUUCGAGUUGAUAGCUGUGGAAAUUUGAAUGAAGCAGUGCCGGAAUCGCUGAAAAAUAUGCUUCUCGUUAUGGAUAGUACGGGAAUUUUCGCUGCAACACCUCGGCUUUAUGAUGUGACUGUGGAGAGGCUCAACAAAUUUAUGCCCGAAUUGAUUAAGGAUACGAUUCCGAAUCCACCACGGCCAGGGCAGCAGCAGUCGGAAGCGUCGGAGCCGAAGAAGGAGCAUGCUUCUGGGCUUGAGCCACCACCACCAUCAUCCAACUCAACAGCCGCCACUUCAACAUCUGAUCCUUCGAUCGCUACUGCACAAUCUUCAAUUUCGACAGCUUCAUCUGUUGUUGGACCACUUGUUACAUGUCCAGAAGAUGCUGGAAUUAGUGCUCCGAUUCCAAUACAACAUCCAUUGACUGAAGUAAUUGUUCACUCGGGACCAACAUCACCAAUUGGCUCACCACCACAAACUGAGCCACCAGCUUCAAGUCCCCCGCAACACCAACAUUCGGAGCACCAACAAUAUGAGCAAUAUCGACAGCAGCAGGCAGCGGCUGCACAGCAAUAUCAGCAGUAUAAUCAGAACUAUCCCCAACAACAGCAGCAACAGCAGCAACAAUAUGCAUAUUCACCAGAACACGCGGCAUACUAUCAGCAACAAUAUGCACACCAACAACAGCAAUAUGCAGAGCAUUAUGCCAAUCAAUAUCAGCACUAUCAACAGCAGCAACAGCAACAACAGCAGCACCCAGUAAAUCCAACGAGUCCCAGUGUUCACGGACAGUAUUCGGUGGCGAAUCCUCUUCCACUGCCGGCUCAUCCAGCUUAUCAUCCGAUUGUUGCACCAUCAGUGAACAGUGCAUUCACCCAUGUGUACACUCCGCCACAAAAUAAUGCUCCUGCUCUUGCUCCAUCUGCUCCAACAACAACGUCAGCAGAUUCUCCGUAUUUCACCCCGAUUCCCUACAAUCCGAGCCAACAGGAGAAGCCUUAAUUUAAAAAAAAAUUAAAAUCUAAUUUUUUUUUGCAUUGUGAUAAUUGAAUGUUCUCCGCGAUUCCCCCUCCAUCCAUUUUUUUAAAUUAAAUAAGUAAAUCCCCCCGAAAAAAUCUGAAAAUUUUGAAAUUUCAGCACAGAAAUAGUCGAAUAACUUGGGUUAGAAUGAUUUGUGUGUCCUAUGGUUCCCCUUUUUUAAUUUUUUUUUCCUGAAAUUUCCUCCCCUUCCCCAUUUACUGCUUCUUGUAUUUAUUAUGCGUGCAAGUCCCUCCACCCCCACCCCGAGAAAGUUUUAUUAUUAUUAUUAUUAUUUAUUUCAUUUUUCUUUCGAUUCAAAUUUUUUUUUUUUGAGUAAUGAAAACCACGUUUU